AUGAGGUCGCAAUUGGGGACGACUUUCGUUCGAUUGGCGCUGAUAGUCAUAAUCUCCCUGGCACGAGAUCCGCUGCUGAACUUUCGAUUUGAUGGCUUCGUAAGCGCUGUUGAAGUCACGCGUUCCGGCACUCUCAACGGACCGGUGGACAAAUGUUAUGUUGCUCUGAAGCACAAUGAGCCUCAGUCCGCACCUGCUACUGCACACAAUUCCACUAGCGUAGAAACAAUUGACGACAGUAACGUGAUAUCUGCAAGGCUAUUGACGAUCGAUCCGUUCGAGACUUCAAACCGAAUUGUCACCCUCGAUAAUGGAAAAGAUUGCAAGAUCGCCGUCCUACUGCUAGUUAAGGAAUACAAAAAUCGCCAAAAUUUAAAAACAUUUUCUUCAUGUCAAGGGGAAGCCGAUACCCACCUCAAAGAGUCUAUGCAAAUGCGAGAUUUCGAAGAAGAUCACUUACAACUACGAUUACUACCAGUCCGACUCAGCAUUUUCUGA